AUGUGGAGACGAUGGCAGCUGUUCCAUGCUACCGACUUUCAAUCGCUUAUGUAUCCUUGCUUCACCUUCUGCAGCAUACUCGGAAUAUUUCCGUAUCGCAUCAACGCUUCAACUUUUGAAACUACGAAACAGCGCUAUAUUCUGACAACUGUCAUUACUUGCGUUUUCUGUUUGUUUACUUUAAUAAUGCUGUAUGGGAUUGACAUUAGUGGAACGAUUAAGUAUGAUAACACAUUUAUAACUAUAAAACGCAAUUGUUAUUUUAUAUACGGUCUACUUAUCGCGAUUGUUACAUACAUUAUGAAAGAUCUUCGGAUGCACUUACUUCAAAAUAUAAUGGAAAUUUCUUUGAUAUUGUCUCCUAACUCAUAUCGAAAGCUAUCUAGACUGAUUCACGCUAAAGAUAUUUUUGGUUUCUUUUUUGUAGUUGGACACAUGAUAUUUUGUUAUUUUCUAUUAGAUUUUGAUAACGCAGACAAGAUUCUUGUAUCGUGCAUCCACUUGAUAGGAUUUCAAACGGAUAUGUUGUAUAUGAAUUGUGUAUGCGUAAUAAAAUACUGUUUUAAGGAAAUCAACGAUAAUCUAACGAAUUUGCGGAAGCUCGUGGUAAAUGAUAACCCUCAUCUCUUGAGAGGAAUUUAUCAUGCACGAAGAAAUCCGUUCCUGCUUAUGAAACUCAAAGCAUUGAUAACACAGCAUUUGAUGAUCAGUGACACAGUGCAAAUGUUAAAUACGGUUUUCGGUCUACAACUUCUUGCUACCAUAGUUAUGACUUUCGUUGAACUUACUUUUUGUCUGUAUCUUUAUAUAAUUUGUUUAUGGAACGCUUACAUGUAUGGUUACCACACGUUUCAUGAUGUGUUAUUAGUAACGGCUUUAACGUAUCAAUUCAUCAAAAUAACAUUGACGGCAUGGGCUUGUGAUACAGGCAAGGAUGAAGCCAUAAUGGUCGGUAUCACCGUACAUGAAAUACUGAACGAUACUAUCGACGAACAAAUCAAAGAUGAAUUGCAGCAAUUUUCCUUGCAGGUACUGCAUCGGGAAAAUAUAUUUUCCGCUAAGGGUCUUAUACUAGAUGCAACGCUUCUCGUUGCGCUAGUGAGUAACAUUACUACAUAUCUAUUAAUUUUAAUACAAUUUUUAAUUACCAAGAAAGUUUGCCAUGAAAGAAAUUCACAAACAAUAUCGAAUGAACAAUCCAAUUAG